AUUUUGCAAAAAAAGAAUCAAUUGGAAAAGAAAAUGGCUGACCAAUGGCAUCAACAAUUCUUGAACUUGAGAUCCGAAGACAUAGUCUGGUGUGUGACAUGGUUGAAGUCUACUGAUUACUUUUAUCCUCCACGUGGCCAUAACUGGAUCCCGUUAUUGGGCGUUCGAGGAGCUAUUAGCUAUAGUUCAGCAUUAGUGAUGAGGCAAUUUCGUGAUAGGCAAAGUAAACCAUUGCUAGAUGGUAUCACUUCAUAUGGGUUUGAUUAUUCUCUUGAUACUCAAGUAAUUAAUCAAAUUGGCUUUGCCAAGGAAGUAUGGUCACAAUGUGAAGUUCAUUUCUCAAUGAACAAGAUUUCAGUCACUUCUGAGUUUGAAGAAUGGAGGAAAGUUUGGCUUCAAGACAUAGUUAUCCCUUAUGACAUUCCUAUCAUUAAAGAAGCUAUCAUUGUGGAUUUGAAGAAAAGAAUAGCGGAGCUAGAAGGUUUGUCGUGUGCUCAAAGGGUCAAGCAUGAAAACGAAAUUGGAGAGAAAAAUAUGGACAUUUAUUUUCUGGAAGGUGAGAAGCAAAAAUUGAUUAAGGAAAAGAAUUCUAUAACUUUUGAAAAAGAGGAGGCAGAGAAAGAAAUUUGCAAGCAGGCUCAAACUCUUAAAAAUUUAAGAAGAAUCAUCCAGAAGGAAGAAAGGCAGAAUGAUCAUUUAAUGAGUGAUAAAAACAAGUUGGAGGAUGAGCUCAAUCAAGUCAAGGAUCAGAAUGCCAGUUUAAAGACUCUAAUAAACCAGCAGCAGGGUGAGAUUGAUCGACUUAAGGGUUUUGAAAAUGAAGUGGAGAAUUUGCUUGAUAAUAAAUUACAAUUGUUGCAAAAACUUGAGGAAGCUCAAAACAAUGAAGAACUGAUGAAGGAAAAAUUGGCGUUAAUGCAAACACGACAAUUUUAUCAAAGUGAGAAGAUAGGAGGAUUGGAAGCAGAGGUAGGAAGCUUAAAUGGACAGUUGGGUGAGGCAUUAGCUACAAUUGAUCAAUUAAAGAGGGAAGGAGGAAAGGUGCUCUAUUUGGUCAAUGGAAUCUACUCUGAGGCAAUGAAGAUUGGUCCCAAAAAGAAUUAUCCAAGAGUUCGUUCACCUAUUCGCACUAGAGCUCUUGCAAGGAAAAUGGCUGACGAAGCUAAUUUAGAGAAGGUAGCUCUGGAAAAUCGGGUUGAAAAUAUGGAAAAUACUUUGAAGGAAUUGAUGGCUUCCUUCCAAUCUCUUCAAGCAACCUUAGUCACAAGGGCACCUUUGACAACAAAUCCUUUAUUUGAAGGAAAUGUGGCCACAUCUGCUUUAACUCUUGGGAAGGAGCCUAUGUCAUCUGGCCCUCCUGAUCCAAUUAUUGGUGGAACUUCUGGGACAAAACCAUUUGUUCUAAAUGCUGGUGUUGCUACAGUUCAGUCUAAUAGUCAAGAAGAGAUUCAAGUUGUCAAGUCAAUCACAAAGGAUGAAGACAAGGCAAUUAAAGCGAAGGUGCAGUUGAUGGAGGAAACACUAAAAUCGAUGCAAGGUGUCCAAACCAAUAAACCGGUUGACAUCUCAUCUUUGUGCUUUUUCCCAAACAUUCAACUGCCCCAUAAGUUUAAAUUGCCUGAGUUUGAUAAGUACAAUGGCACUGGUUGUCCUUAUGCCCACUUGACAAUGUAUUGCAGGAAGAUGGCUCCUUAUGCCAAUGAUGAGAAGCUAAUGAUACAUUACUUUCAGGACAGUCUGAUAGGUCCUGCAGAUGCUUGGUUCUCUACUAUAGAUAAAACUCCUAGUAGAGAGGAUCUUCAAAGAACAGAGAAGAAAUCGAGUGAAAGCUUUAAGGAAUUUGCUCAAAGAUGGCGUGGAUUGGCUGCUCGAGUUCAACCGCCACUAACUGAUCACGAACUGAGUAAUUUAUUCAUUAAGUCAACUAAAGGGCCUUAUCGAGAAAAGUUGAUGACUUGUGUAAAUUACACUUUCACUCAGUUGGUUAUCGUGGGAGAGCAAGUGGAAGAUGGAAUCAAGUCAGGGAUUAUUAUUGAUUAUCAAGCAAUGAAGAGUCUCCUUGAACAAUACCAAAAUGGUGGUUCAAGAGUUGCUAGUUCAAGGAAAAUGGGCCAGAAUCGAAAGAAGGAAAAUGACACUGGCACCGUUAGCUCAGUUUAUGAGACGUAUGGGAGAAAUAAUCAACCACGCCUUCGAGGACAAUUCAAUAAUUCUUUCCAAGCUCCAACUUAUCAACCACCAAUUUUUACAAGUCAGCCAAGGCCACUCUAUGCCUCUGGGAUCAAUCGUCCACAACAAGAAAAAGUGAGACGACAUUUCAACAAACUUCCUUUAUCAUACACUGAAGUGUUUCAACAAUUGGUAGCAGCUGGUCUUGUUACUCCUGUACCCAUGGUGCCAGUUAAAUCACCAUUCCCAACGUGGUACAAUCCAGAGGCAAGAUGUGAAUAUCAUAGUGGAGGUGUUGGACAUGAUCUUGAAAAUUGUCUAGCUUUAAGGCACCGGGUGCAGGAUUUGAUAGAUGCGAAGGAGUUGCAAAUUGCAUCAGAGCCGGAAGUUGUUGGCCCAAACAUUGCUAAAAACCCCCUACCAACACAUGAUAGUUCAACAAUCAAUAUGAUCGAGAAGGAUUUUGAGGAAGUUCAAGAGGUGGCUGAAGUUACUCUCACCAAUCAAGUUCCAUCAACUCCUAGACAGCUUUUAAUAUUGAAGGGACCGAUGCUUACAGUUCCACUCAAACAAGGGUUCUGUCGAACCCUAGCUUCCCAAAAAUCUUAUUUCUUCCUUUUGCCGCCGAUUAUCUCUAAGAUUUCACAAAAUUCUUCUUAUCCAUUCCUUAUCCAUUCAAAGUUUGGAUAGCCCACAACAACACAAGAAGAGAUUUUCGGAUUUGAAGUUCUUAUCAAGAGUCGCAGAGGAUUUUCGAAGUCGAUUCAAAUUGGGAAUCCUAAUAUUUUAAAGGUAUGAAUCUAGCCUUAAAAAAUGGGAAGAUGUGUAAAGGCUAGGUUAAUUUUAGGAUUCCAAUUUCAAAUAGGAUUAGAUUAUUAUCUGUAAUUUUGGGAUUGGGAUUAGAAUUGAGAGUUAGAAAAAGGGUUGGAGUCCUCUCUAUUUCUGUAUAAAUAGGGGGGCACCUUCGGCUUGAAAAAAAGAAGAGGGAGAUCGGAGGGCGAAGAGGAGGAGGAAAUUGGAGAAAGGGAAAUCCGAGAGUGGAGAGAGAAAAAGGGGAAACGCAGAAACUUGUAUUUGGACUUCAAGAGAAUAAAGUCUUGAUUUUUCCUUUUCUUCAGGUGUGCAUUGUUCAUAAAUUUUUUUUUCUUUCUGCGUUUUCUGUUGUUCAUAUUUUGUUCUUUCUUCUUCUCUUUUGUGAAUUGCUUGAUUGCCCUUUUAAUUGUUUCUUUCUUGGUUUAUCUGUAAUUGGUCUUGAAGCUUGCCACGAACAUGAUUUCACUUGUUUUUCCCCAUUAGUUUGGUUUCCUGCGAUCCAAAAUAACUAUCUGCAGAUUUU